AGGGCACAAACGCAUAGAGCAAGCUUGGACGCAUGAGCAAUCCAUACCAUGCUGAUCUUGUCUGGAAGCAAACCCUGGAGAAGGAGCUGGGUCUUUGGUGCUGUCAACAACUAGGUGUUUCGAGAGAUGCUCCACUCGACGCUGUGCUGAAGGAGCCCAAGAGAGAGGUCCGAUCAGUCGAAGUGGGACAGCAAGUCAUGAUCCAAGGAUCACGCAGAAGGCCAGACCUGAAUGGCCUGCAUGGAGAAGUUCUGGGCGACAGCAACGAAAGCUCGAAGGAUAUGGCUGUAUCAGGUGAUCAUGCAGGACGUUUGGAGGUCCGGCUUUUCCAAAAGGAUGGCAGCAAAGGCCGCAGGAUGCGAAUCAGCGGCCACCGCCUCUCAAGAUCCUUGUCCAUGGCAGGUGCUGUUGCAGCAGGGGUUGAGAAACCAGUCAUGUCCAGUUGACCAACGCGUCUGACGUGCUUCGUUUCAGCGACCAACGCGAAUCUGCAGACUUCUUUAGAGCCGGGAUAGACCCGGCGAGACAAUAGACGCCCUCAAAGAGCAUUGGCGGACCUUUUUGCAUGUGUCACCCUUGGAGUUUGGUGCAAGUUUCAUGAACC